GCUCUCACACAACAACAGUGCAGUGGAUUCCAGCAAACUCCUUGUCGGCCUGUGCCUCUUUAGAGAAAAAAGCCUCUUUUCAUUUGUCCCUGUAUACCUCUGUCCAGGCUAAGUCUUUUUCUUCCCCUCUCUCCCUCUUUAAUCCGUCUCUCUAUUUCGGGAGGGAAAAAAACACAAAACCAGGUUCACGCAGUGCUUUAGUGGCUAAAAGUGAAAGAGCUUGUGUUUUUUCUUUCUCUUUUUUGCCUCCCCUGCGCUGAGUUGAGCCUUGAAUCGCUCUGGAAAAUUGCUUCUUUUCAAUAGAGGGAAGGAGGAACAACGUUUAAUGGGAUCCAAAGGGAGUCUGCACUCUUAAACAGGUGGAAAUAGGACGUCCUCGAAUUUAUACAAAUAGUAAGAAAGUAUAUAAUCCGGCGUGGAAAAGGAGAGAUCCCAUCAUCUCAGAGGAUUACUGAAAACAUUUCCCAAAGUGAAAAGGGAAAAAGGAAAGCGAGUUGUCAACCAAAGAAAGCAAGAAAACCAAGCCUCCACUUUCUGUUCUCAGUGAUGGAAACACAUUUAUGAUCGCUCUUCUUCCUCAUUUGGUUACAUUUUUAUGCCACAUAUGACAUAUGGUGGCCUUUAAAGCUCGUGCCAGCCCCUGUGUAGAUUUUUUUUCAGAGGCUGGCAGGUUGAUGAGGGCGUCUCCCUGUCACCCAGUUAAGAGUUUGGGUGUCCGCUGAUGUCAGGAGACAGUGAUCCGCGCUGAUGAGGGGCGGGCGCUGCCAGUGUGUGACAGAGAGCAGUCGGCUGGUUUCUCCACACCCACCCGACCAUUAAAGAGCUAAACUCCAACACAGACUGAACUUUACGCUCCAGCAUCAUCCAGGAGCUCCGACUACAACAUUUUUUUCUUUUUUUCCUCCUCUUCUGCGUCUGCUUUUUCUUCUUCUUCUCUUCCCAAACGACCUCAGUAAUGUCCUGUUAAUUUUGUGUGCACUAGUUAAUGAGCAUUAAUCCAUCACCCCUGGAUGCUAUUGUUGCAGGGGGAAUGGCCAUUUGAAUGCAAAUGCGUGACACUGUGACAGCAAGGUGCUUAUUAAACUGAUGUGUCCUCCUGUCUGUGGUGCCGGGAGCUCAGCAGAGUGAAAGGACGCGGGGCAGCUGCAGGAGCGGGUCGGACUAAAGCACCGCGAGUUGCUCACGCCAAGUUUCUGCUCGAUUGCAAACAAAACAACAACAAGAACAACAACAGCAAAAUGGCAAGUUCUGCCUCUGUGGAGACGGUGAUGUCCUGCGGGAGGACCGGAACCUCGGCGGCUCCAAAAACCCUGGCCUUCUCCAUAGACCGGAUCAUGUCCAAGAGCUCGGAGCCGAAGGGGAGCGCAGAUGAGCGGGCAGAGGGGAAGAAGCUGCUCGGGCUCUGCUCCCCGAUCCCGUGCAUGAUCCCUCUGCAGCCCUUCAGUUACGACCUGCAAGCCAAGGCGCUGAUGAACUACUCGGAGUUGUGGAGAGCCAGUUUCAGGGGGACUUUUUGCGGCUCUGCAGCCGCUCCAUGCAAGGGGAACUGCGGAAUGUGCGGCAAAGCGGAGCCGAGUUUAAAACAGCCACUGCUGACUUCAGGAAGCAGGGUGGUGAAACCACAGGUGAUCCACCAGGCCGUGGCCGUGCCCAGCGGAGGCUCGCUGUACUAUCUGAAUUACCUGGACUCAGCGUACCAGCAGUCAGAGCUGCUGGCGGGACACUGGUUCUCCAGCUCGCAGGCCCAGGCCUCUCUAUCCGCGCACCACAGACUUUUGCUGCUCGAGAACGCCAAGCUGGCCGGGGUGGGGGGCGAGAAGCUACCCACUCCCCAGUACCCGCACAAGGAACAUCUGCCCGGGCAGCUGGACCAGAUCGUGAAAGAGAACCACGGACUGAGCGCGGAGAAGAACGGGGUCAAGACGCACAGUAAACUGAGCAGCAGCCCCGCAGACGGAAAACCUAAAAACUUCACAUGUGAAGUGUGUGGAAAGGUUUUCAACGCGCAUUACAAUCUCACCAGACACAUGCCGGUGCACACCGGGGCCCGGCCCUUCGUCUGUAAAGUGUGCGGGAAAGGAUUCCGGCAGGCCAGCACGCUGUGCAGACAUAAGAUCAUCCACACGCAGGAAAAGCCUCAUAAAUGUAACCAGUGCGGAAAAGCGUUCAACAGAAGCUCGACUCUCAACACUCACGUACGGAUCCACGCUGGAUACAAACCUUUCAUCUGCGAGUUCUGUGGGAAAGGUUUCCACCAGAAAGGAAACUACAAGAACCACAAGCUGACGCACAGUGGGGAGAAGCAGUACAAGUGCUCCAUCUGCAACAAGGCCUUCCACCAGGUCUACAACCUGACCUUCCACAUGCACACGCACAACGACAAGAAGCCCUUCACCUGCGCCACCUGCGGCAAAGGCUUCUGUCGCAACUUCGACCUGAAGAAGCACAUCAGGAAGCUGCACGACAAUGCCUACAGCGCGGCCGCCGCAGAGGCCUCCAGAGAGCUGCAGAGCUGAGGCACACUGCUGCUGCUCAUGUCCCACAAUGCAUUUCAUCAAAGCAGGCCACAAAAAGACUGGCACAUGUCCUGCCUCUGUGGCCUGCAUGGACAGAUUUUAAAAGGACAGGUGGGACACUCUGUUUGGGUCGUUUCCCUGCAGUGACACAGAACAGAGCAGAAGGUACAACACACACUUUACACACAGCAUAGGAAUAUAAAGGGGAUUAUUAUUCUGCACAGCCACAGGCCUCACACAGGGAGGACACCAUCUGUCUUCAUAAUAGACAUGUAAAUAAUAGGCUAUGAAAUAAAGAAUGUUAUUUAAAAUGUGAAUCAUUGCCAUGUUGUGUAUUUCACAGACAAAAAGUUAAUGUGAAUAAGUUAUAACUUAUAAAGAAAACUGAAUGUUUGAGCCAUGUCGUCUCUGUU